UUUCAGAGAAUCAAAAUCGAAAGUAGAAUUAAAAGCAACGAUUGUUUGUGUAUCGUAUCGCUGUGAUACUAACAGUCUGAUGUGAAUCACUGCAUCAUGUCGUCGGUCCCUCUUCUAUCUAACAACGACGAUGAAGACGAAAUAACUGGAGCUGUGGAAAUAUCUUUACAUUCUUUAAAUCAUGAAGCAAAUGAAAUUGUUGAAUAUUUCGACGAUAAGGAUGCAGAAGAAACAGAAGUGAAAUCUUUGAUCCAGCAAGACAUUGCAGAGGCAGCUAAAGGUAACAUACCACCCCUACCCCCGGGAAAGAAGUACCAUCUAUUUGUGUCUUACAGCUCAGAAGAUAGGGAAGCUGCCAAUACAAUACGCGAUCAGAUGGAAAGAAGAUUUCACCUCAAAUGUAUGGACUUUGAAAGAGAUUUUAUUCCUGGGAAAAACAUAGAUAAGAAUAUUGCUGAUGAAAUGCUUCAUAGUGUCAAAGUUCUCUUAAUUUUAAGCCCAUUCUAUAUUCAGAGUUUUUGGUGUGUUACUGAAGCACGCGAAGCAUGCAACCUCUCUUUCACGGAUGUCGAAAAUCUAAAUGUUAUCCCACUACUAUUAAGACCAUUGGAGAAGGAUUUGCCGCCUUUCCUAAAAUCUUAUGUUUACAUCGAUGCUCAAAAAGAACUAGACGUUCCUGCGAAAAUUUUUGAAGCCUUCAAUCACCCUGGAUCUGUGGACCCAUUACAUCAAGAUAGGUCAGCCUCCACAUACAACAAUGAUAACGGUGUUCUUCUAUGCAGAAAAAUUGCUUGCAAGACAAGGUAUGCAGAGCAUGGCCUGGCCUUCAGAUUCCAGCCGUUUGAAGAAUACGAAGAACAAAGGAUCAGUUUAUUUGACGUGGACUUAGUAGAGUGUGAUCAUCACUACAGUGCUGUAACAAAGGACUUGAACGCCCGAUGCCUUUUCCGGAAUUAUCCUGUCCUGACGUCUGUUAAAUGGCGAUGUGCAGCAAUCUUUUUCCUGUUCCUAAGUACUUUAGGGAUUUCUUUGACAUUGUUUCAAUUGAGCACUAUUCCGGGAAGCAUAUUAUAUCAUCGAACAGCGAGGAUUACAAUCAUAAUUCUCGGACUGACCGUUUUGUGUUCUAUGUGUCCUUGUGGAUUUUUUAUCAUAUACAUUUGGAGAAGAAUACUCUCUACAUACACACACUCCGUUGUCCUACAACACAACCUGGCCUUCUACAGAAGCAGUAAAUGUUUGAUGUAUUUUGACAACUCUACUGAUCUCUCAAAACCUACGCUUUAUAUCUUCAGAUACGAUACUACUGAAUGUGAGAAAUAUCUGGUGUCUUUGUUGAAGAAAAAUGUACCAGCUUUGGAUAUGGAUAUCGCUGAGGGUACAUUUUCUUUAGGAUCUUUCUAUGCCGUAACAUCUGCCAACUUCAACAGAAAUGGCGCUUGUGAGAGCAGAAGUACAGAAUAACUACGCCUCGGUUGACAAUGGUUUUCUCGGGGUGAAAAUUUUCAAUGUUACCCUCAAAUACAUGCAAUAUUAAUAUUUAUAUAAGAACAACCAUGAGGAAAAUGUUUUAGAAAUAAUAUUAUAUGCUUCCCGUGUGGCAAUACUGAAAAGGUAGAAUGUCUGUAUAGACAGUAAAAAUAAAGGUUUAACUACUGGUCAAAGGCUACCAUAAUGAUACAUGUAAGUUUGAUCUCUCAAAAUACUUAUAAGCAACUGGUCAUUUGAGUCAUUUUGUAUGACCUUUGACCUUGUGACUUGAAAUCCAAUGGGGGUCUUCUAUUCAUUCAUAAGGGGGCAACAGUGUUUCAAGUUUGAUGUCUAUCAAGGAAAGACUUCUCAACGGACAAUAGCUUAUGUCCAGAGUGGUUUAACCUUUGUCCUUUUGACCUCAAAAUCAAUAGGGGACAUCUAUGUUUUAAGGUUCAUGUUAAAUAUUCAUUCAUAACACCACGUGAUGGAUUAUACUGACAGUUUCUAUGGAAAGGUAUUCCAAAAUAAGCAACAAAAAGAUAAGAUUCGGUAUACAUUUAAUCAAAAUGUUGGGAAAUUAAACAUUAUCUUUAUAUUAUUAUUGUAAACAGAUUGUUAGAAAUGUGUAAAUAUGUUUCUUUCCAUUUUUUGAAUAGAAAUGAUGUGUUUAUAGUAAUGAAAUGAAGAAUAAGAAACAUACGUUACUUUCAUUGUUUAUUAUAACAAAGAGCAAUCCAGGUUUCAAAAUAUGUGUUUGUUAUUUCUCUAAGAAUCAUGAGCAUUCAUAUAGCGAAACAUCAAUCUUUUACUUUUGUUUUAAUCGCAUAUUUAUUGCAAAUUAACAAAUUCCGAAGAAACGACACAUUUGGUAAUUGUUUUUGCUUGUCUACGUUAUAUGUCUAUUAAAAUUGGUAUUUCCAUUGAAUUAAGUGAUGUCAUUAUGAUUUUGCAACAUCAAUCGUAAAGAAUAACUGAUGAUGACAUCAUUUUGGCAUGAUAUUUUCAUGGAUGUACUGUUGUGUAAGUGUUGAACUUGAAACAUCCGUUACAUAAUUAUAGCGCUACUUAAUUUACAUACAAAAAAGCUAUCGUUCUAUAGCUAUUGCUAAUCUUUUGUUUUCAUGUUUCAUACAUAUUGAACUGUUCGGGAAUAUUUGUUAAUCAAUUUUAUUUUCUGCCAUUUCAAAGAUAUUAAAAGUGAUAUCUAGUCGUUUAUUUUGCGCUCUUAAAGUCUUAUUGCUGACUUUUACAGCGGAUAAUUUCUUGUUGUGUUGAUUAAAUAUUUUCUUUCAAAA